AUGAGCAUGGCAGUAAUUCGAGAGUUUCAAAUCUGCGAGGAGCUCGGCGGUGGACAAUCCGGCAUCGUUUAUCGUUGCCAAUCCCGCUUAACCCGUGACUCUUUUGCCGUGAAAUCUAUCGACAAGAGGCUAGACUCCUUCCACUCAUUUAAAUACGAGCCGCAGAUACUCCGUCUCCUCAGUCCUCACCCCAACAUAAUCCAACUUCACAGGCUCUACGAGGACGAAACUCACCUUCACAUGGUAAUCGAUUUCUGCCAAAACAAAGAUCUUUUCGAUUUAGUGUCCAACCGUAUAGGUGUUCUUAGUGAAAGUGAAGCCAGAUCCCUCUUUACUCAAUUGAUGAAAGCUAUCUCCCACUGUCAUAAAAAUGGGGUCAUUCACCAGGACAUUAAGCCUGAAAACAUCUUAUUGGACAAGAGAUAUAGGGUAAAGCUUGCAGAUUUUGGGUUAGCUAAGGUUGUUAGUAGGGUGAGAAGUGGACGUGUGGAGUGCUGGGAUUGUGUUGUAUAUCAUGUUUGUGGGUUUUCUCCAUUUAAUGGGGAAACGGUUGAAGAGAUUUAUGAGGCGAUUUUGAGAAAGGAUUUGAGGUUUCCCGAUAAAGUUAUUCGAUCGAUUUCAACAUCAGUUAUUGAUCUUUUGAAGAGGAUGCUUUGUAAGGAUCCUUCCAGGAGGUUGUCUGCUGAAGGAGUACUAACAUAUUUUCUGGACAAGGAUUAUGAAUCUGCUGGGUUUGUUGGAAUCAAACGUGCUGUGCUUGUUGCACAUAUGGCCUUGGUUUUCUAUUCAGAGAGGGUAGCUCUGGUGCUUCUUAUUUGUUCUCUGUUUCUUUUGUUUUAUUCUCCUGAAAUUUCGAAUGGGGAAAAGGGUGCCAGGUGUGAGCGUGGGGUCUUACAACUGCUGGCCAUGGACUUCUUCAGCAGUUCCAUUGUAUUCAAACAGCAAGAUGAACAUCUAUACGAUGAUGAUGAUGUUAUCUAUAAUGAUGUACUUCCAUGGGACACCAUGCAUAAAUCUCUUCCGUUUGCACAUCCAUACCUGGCGUUCCUGGUGUUCGUCCCGUACUCCCUUGAUAGUUUGUUGAUUCCAACAACUGUUUGGGGUUGUUUCCCUGUGUCUCAAAAUGUUUCAGUUGCCAAGUAG